AUGAAUGAUCUUGAUUCUGGAGAUGUUGCAAAUAAAUUUAGUGACUUUUAUGAAUUCGAAGAAUUUUUGGGUUCAGGAGGAUUUGGUAAGGUUGUUUAGGCAAAGAACAUCAAAGGAGAAAGUGUGGCUGUCAAAAUAGUACCUAAGAGAGAAUGUAGAAGAAGCUAUUCAGAAAUAUUAGCAGAAGCAAGCAUAUUGAGUCAAAUGAAACAUUCAAAUAUAGUGUAAUUUAAAAGAGUACAUGAAACAGAUACAAGAUUAUUAAUAGAAAUGGCUUUGGUGAAGUACGGGCAAUUGAAAAGAUUAUUUACAGAUAAAAUUGAAUUGAGUUAUGAAUAGAAAAGACAAUUAAUGCAAACUUUAUUCAAAACAGUGGCAUUCAUCCAUGAAAGAGGAGUAGUUCAUAGAGACAUUAAACCUGAGGUGAGGAUUGUAUGUAUACUAGAGAACCUUUUACUUGAAGACCCUAACGAUAUGACCACUUUGAAAAUUGUAGAUUUUGGAUUGUCAACUAGAUCUUAGUUACUCAUCAGUGGUUAAUGUGGCACACUCAUUUACAUGGCUCCAGAAUUCUUUACUAGUAAGCAUUACUCUAAAGUAAAUAUAUUAUUAAAUAGACUAGCCAGUUGAUAUUUGGAGUUGUGGAAUCAUAUUAUAUAUGGUAUGUACAGGUGGAAAACAUCCAUUAUAUGUAUAAGGAUAAACAGCUGAAGAAUAUAGAGAGAAAUUAUAUUAGCAUUUGCAAAAUCCAUAAUGGAAUUUCCCUGAAGGUUUUGAUUAAUUAGCUAAGAAUCUUUUCUUGAAAUGUGUUGCUGAGGAUCCUAUGCAUAGAUAUAAUGCACAUUAAAUCUUACAUCAUCCAUGGAUUACAGGAAAGGUUAACGAUCCUAUUCCACUCUCUUUACCUGAGAUGUAUAAGUCUUUUUCAAUGAGAGAGCGUGUAACAAGAAUUAUUAAGGCUUUAAUGGUCAUUAGAAUGAUGUCAAAAGAUUAUUGGAGAUGUGUCAAUACUAAGAAAAUAGAUUCAUCUUAUUUAGAUCAAGUAAUUUAUUGUUGCUAUUUAUUAUAGUGUAAUAAAAUCUCAUAGGCUCAUUAAUAAUAAUAAUAAUAAUAAAGUUUACUUGAUAAGUCUUAUGUUAAGGAAAUGAUGGCAGAACAUGCAUAAAUUAAAUAAAGAUAACACAAUCACAAUCAUAGAGUUGAAACUCCAAAAUAUUAAAGCAUUUUAAAAAGAUUGAUAGAUCCAUCUCGAAAUUAACAUGAUUCAUAUUUAGACUAACCUAAUAAUAGCUAAAUUGUAGAUGAAAAUAUGCUCAAUUAAUAUAAUUCCAUUAAUAAUAAUCAAUAAACAGAUGGUUCUUAACGUUCAGUUUCUUAAUAAAGUAUUUAAGAUGCAUAAGAAUGUGCUGAAUCAAAUAGUGGCAAACUUAUUAUUAUCAAAAGAAGUAAUCAAAAUAAAAAGAAAACAAAAAAGAUUGUUUAAUUUAUUACUACAAAAAAAUAAAAUAAUAGUUCAGUUGAUUUAUAAUAGAGAUCUAGAUCCACAACAGCUAAUAAUCCAAAAUAAUUAAUGAAUAAUCUUGCAGAGAACAAAUAAUUUGAAUCUCCUAAGAAAAUUUAACUUGCUUCUCUCACUUAAUUUUAGUAAUAAUAACAAUCUCAACCACAUCUCAUUUAGCCUUAGCAAUCCAUACCAUUUCUAAAUACUGUCUCAUAAUUUAAUGUGUUAAAACCACUUCCAUCUAAUUAAUCCCCUGUACAUAGACUUAGUAGCCAUAAUGGUGGCAAUACUCCUAGUCUUCAUAGCAUCUUAAAUUAAAACACAGAGCAAUAGUAACAUCAGUAAAAUCAUAGCUAAGCAUAUGGUUAUAUUAGAAAAACUAGUGUUAUAACCUAAGAUCCAAAGAUUGUUGAACCUCCAAGUAUGUAUUAAUAAAAUAUUUUGCUAUUUUAGGAAAAAGGAGUAAUACUUCUACUCGGAAAUUAAGUGUUGUUGAAUUAGAUUGUCAUGAUUAAUAAAAAUAUGAAUAAUAAGAGAGUAAAUUUACAUUUAUUAUCAAAAUAGAGAUUGUUCAUAAUUAAUUUUUACCUAGAGGAUGGUGCAAAACCUUACCAUUUUAAAAGUUUCUACCUUCUAAAUAAAUGCAGGUCCAUCCUUAAUUUAUUGAAUUGAAUGCUUUGAGAUAAUAAAUUAAAAUUCCUUUACCCAUAUAGCUAUAAGUUCCAAAAAAAAAAUGA